AGAGCAGAUCAUCUUUCAGCUGCAUGCGAACGGACAAGCCAGCCAAAAAUGCUUCUGAGAGAGAUUCCCCAAAAGCUUUUGCUUUGUCAUUUCUUCAUAUGCAAGGCACCAUUUUUCUUGCGGUUAACUACAGUAAUAUGUUGUGUCGGAUCUGUGUGUAUUCCUCUGGAGUGUCUGACUUGUAAUGACAGCAAACCUUUGGCAGCUGUUCUCCCUACAGAUACUUGUCCAAUCUGCAUUGACACCAUUGACUGUGUUAAUGUCUCUCCAGAAAUGCCACCAAAUGUUCCAGCGAUAUGCAAAAAAGACUUCAAGGUGUUUGUCAGCAACAAUCAGUCCACAGCGGACGAGGGCGAUAGCAUCACCAUGACUUGCCUCCAUAGUCUUCCUGGUCCUAAUCUGGAGUUUAAAUGGAGUAAAGACGGGGUUGAACUCAAAGCCCAAAAUGAAAGCAGGCUGGUUCUGGAAAAAGUGCUUUCUCAUGACUCUGGCAAAUAUAUCUGCUCUGUGAAAAGCAAAUGUGGCACUUACCAGUCCCCACCGCUAGAUGUCACUGUGAACAAUCACUCUGUGGUCAUCCUGGUGAUCUGUGGCGUGUCAGCUUUGGCUCUGGUGCUGAUCAUGGGGCUGGCUAUGAAGUACAAACUGAAGAGAGACAAUGCUAAGCACAAAGAGAGGAUGAGACAGAGAGCACAGGCUGCACUGAGCAGUGGUCCAACUCCAGUCAUCUCCCGUCCUGGAUGAGGAUCAGCCAAUCCUAUUCAGCCAUACCAAACACUGACUUAAUAAUUAUGAAGUGUAUGAUUUAAUAAUAAAAAAAAAAGUUUCUUUCUUCAGUUUCUCUGAGACCGAGGAGUGAUUAAAGAGGUUGAACGUUUCAAAGCAUAUAUUCGGCGUUUUCAAUAGAGGGUGAAUUCAUGACACCACGCAGCACGUUAGUCCCAUCAGAUGAGAAAAAGAGCCUUGAAAUGCUUUAAUCCAGACGCAGGAUCGGCGUGCUCAAACUAAUCCUGCUGA